GUCAAAGGCUAACCUGCGGGGGUGGAGAACAGUUUUUAACGCGAGUUUUACAAACAGGUUUGUCACGCUGCAAACUUCGGGCGAACUCAUCACCCAGGUAAGACUCGUGAUCAGUACGGAUAAAAGGUCGGAUUGAGAAAGCGGAGCUGACAAACUCAGGCCGAUCCCGGACAGUCCUGAUGAAGUCGGGGUGGUACGUGGCGUUCGUUCUCUUCGUGGCGGGCUUGCUGGCUCCGUCAAGGGCCGACAAGGGGCAGGAGCACUGGCAAUACGGGCAUUGGUACGGCAAGAGGGACCCAUCUGACGUAAACAACGCACAGAUUGAUGACGUACUACGCAGCCACCCUGAACUACAACAGCUGCUCAACAAGUUGAUGGAGUUGCCCCGCAGGCCCAAGGCGUCAUCACAGAUGUACACUAAAUAUGAUGACGACUAUCCUGAUGGUGACGUGUCCGACUCAACAAAGCGUGUCCUCGAAGAGCCCGGGUCGCCAUAUUGGAAAAGAGUGGCAGAGGAAAUGGUGAGAGAAGGUUGGCUACUGAGGGGCCAUCCAUCAAUGAGGAAGAAAAGAGCUGCAGAGAGGGACCCAAUAUGGCGUCCAUGGUGACGUCACUAGGUCACGUCCUGGGUCACUCGUCUCGAUCUCCGGUUGUCGACUGUAUGUCUGGUUCUCAAAUCACAAGUAUCUGUCUCCGGUCAAUAAUCGUCAAGGAGUUGUGCAACUGAUCAUCAUAGCACUGUUCAGAUCGGCCAGAUGUCAAAGAUGACGUCACAUUAAAGAAUAUUUGUAUGUUGCACACUAUUAAAGAUACGGUAUGCCCUAAAACAUAUAUGUGUACAUGUAGGUUGGAAGAUGUAAGACAUUGCUGCAUUUAUACGGUAAACUCAUGACAGCAAGUCACUCUAGAUGUUGGAAUAAAUCCAUUUGAGCCUGAACUAAGAUUAUUUUUACGUUACUUAUUAUAGACAUGCAGAUAUUCGAAUGUAUUGCUAUAUGCCAAGGCAACUGAAUACGUUUAUAAAGAUUAUAAAGAAAUAUGAAGAGUUUGUGGCCAUUUGGGAGGUCACCGCGAUGACCAACGGAGAUUAAGAUUUUUUUCAAUCUAGAAUAUCGAUUUUUACUUUUACUCCGUAUAUUGGCAGAAUAUCUGAUAGUCAAAAACUUGUAGUUCGCAUGCACCAUUAUGCGAGAAACCGGGAAAAUAAAAGAUUGUUCUGUGUAAUAUA